AUUUUCAAUUCAAUUAAUUUAAUUUAAAAUAUCUUGGAUGCUCAUCAUCUGUACUAAAAACAUGAACUUUUAUAGGCCCUUUAAUGGCUUGUCUUCUGGUUACAUGCUUCUUAGAAACAUCUUAUUUCCAGCUUUUUUUCUGUGUCAAAACACAUCAUGCAUUUUUUUGUAACAAAACAACAUAUCAACCACAUUGUGAGACCAACUUUAAUAGCUAAAAACUGGGUAACUAAGCAGUAGUAUAUAUAAUACCUUCCUUAAUAAAUGAGAGGGGUUUUUUUUGGAGCAAUGGAAAGAUGGUUGGGUUAGACAUAUUUUUAGCCAUUAUGAUGUGGCCAGGGGUGUGAAAGCAAAAAAGUUAAGGUGAAAGUGCACACGUGCGUCGGUUGACUGAAGCAAAGACCAAUGGACACAAGGUAAAGACACAGUCUAGUGAUCUACCCUUCUUUAGCAUGUGUGAUAGUGUGCUCAUUUGUUGGCUUUUUUCAGAUGAAUUCAAAGCCUGAGGAUAAUUUUGGAAUUUGACUGAUCAUGAGAUAUUACUUCAUUCUUUUGCUUUCCUCAACAAUAUUCUGCUUUACUGAUGUGGACGUUGUUCAAGAUGAUUUAAAAAUAGUUCAAGCUGGAGAGGAUGUGAAUCUUACUUGCAACUUUUCAGAGCUUCUGGACUCAACAGUGUGGUUUAAACAGACGGCUGAAAGAAAAUCUUUCCAAAUUGUGUCUUUAUAUUUAAAUCAACAACCCAGCUGGAAUAAGGACUUUGAGAAAAUGAAUCGCUUUAAUGUUAUAGGAGGAGAUGGUCAUUUUAAUCUGACCAUUUUAAAUACAAACCCUUCAGACUCAGCAACAUAUUACUGUGUAGUCACAUCAUAUUACAGCAUUGGAAUGGGUGCAGGAACUAGAUUACUUGUCAGAGAUGCAGCCGUAGCACAAAUAACUCUUCAGCAGUCUUUGAUAGACACACUUUAUCCAGGGGAUUCUGUGAAUUUGCAGUGCAGCAUCUUCACUGAGAGUUGUGCAGGAGAACACAGCGUCUACUGGUUCAGACAAAGCUCGGGAGACUCUCAAGGAGUCCUUUACACCAAAGGAGAGAGAAAUGGUCAGUGUAAUAAGAGCAGCGAGCCUCAAACACAGAGCUGCGUCUACAAUCUCCUCAAGAGCAACAUCAGUCACUCUGACACUGGGAUUUACUACUGCGCUGUGGCUGCAUGUGGAGAGAUACUGUUUGGAAAAGGAACUCAACUAAAUUUUAGAGUGAGUGGUGAUGAGAAUCUAACUCUUGCUCUUGGAAUUUUAAACUUCAUAUUUUUGGCUCUUGUUGUUUUUCUGGGAAUAAAACUAUGCAGGGGUCAAAAUAAAGUGUCCACGCCUCAAGAGAGUCAAAAUGAAGACACCAUGAAUUAUGCAGCCAUUAGUUUUGCUCAGAAACCUCUGAACUCUAGAAGAACCAAAUCAAAGAUCAUUCAGGAUCAAUCUCUGUACGCUCAGGUCAGAUCACAGCAGUAACAUCCAGAGCAUUUACCUUCUACAGAAAUAUUUUCAUUAUGAUCUUAUAACAAUUUGAGGUAAUUACAUUUAAUUUGGUUGAAUAAUUUUGUUCAUUUUACUCUGUUUAUUGAGUUUAUUUGUUUCCUUCAUGUUUUUAUGUUUUGUUGUCUUUUUUAUGAAUUAUCUUCAACUGUGCAGCAUUUUGGUCAUUCUUGAUGCUGUUAUUAAUGUGCUUUAAAAUGAAAUAAAAUUACUUGAUCUUGAAUCUAUAAUGCCUUUAAGGAUCAUGUCCUUUAUUUCAAGAAAUUGUUAUUUAAGUUUUAAAAUGAAUGGUCUGAAAGUGUAACCUCAAAUAACAGUAUAGCUAACAAUGUCAUCACAAUACGGACUGCAUGCUGAUAGCUGUCGGUGGCCAUAUUUUAAUGUAUUUAUAUUUUAAAGUGUUACUUUGGCUUUGUACUGUGUAUUGAUAACUAUGAAUUUGUUAGGCAUAUUAAGGAUAAGGAUAAUUGUAAAAGAAAAUUAUUGAAGUAGAAAAGUAUAUUUUUGUAAAUUAAUGCAUGUAGGUUGUUAGACUCUGUGUUCUUUUUGGGCAACUUUGUAACUUUGUGUUAUGAAAUGUUCCAUUUUACAGUUUCCUUAUGAAUCACUUGUGUGUAUGCUUAAUUUACAUCUGCUAAAUUAAUAGCCUGUUUAUGUGCAUGUGCAUUUGUUCAAAUGUGUUUUGUUUGGGGUUUUUUUUUUUUUUUUUUUUUUUUUUUUUUGGUGCAUGUGUAAGUUAUACUUCCUCUGCAAAGUAUUAGUUAGCAUUUAGUUAGUCUUUAACAAGAAUUAUUUUAAAGACAACUUGCUGAAUGCUGAAUUCAACACAUGGUCCAUACUGCCACCUAGUGGUUGUAGAUCAUUGGUAUGAGAUCUGGGAUCUCCUUUUUUAUGCCCUUUUUAGGCGAGAGUAGACAGCUGCAGUGAGGGGAGGAGUGGAAAAAGUGCAGCCAAGACGGACAGUUCUCUCCUCUGAUAGUGGAUCAGACACCUACGAGAUCAAAGCCGGAUAUUUUAGGAUACACACUCAUGUGCUGUGUAAUAAACUAGAUGUAAUUUAGGUUCUGUUGCUUUUAUAUCAAAAUAAAUGUGAUGAA